AUGUCGCUAGGCCAAUUGGGUCUGCUUCCACCGGAACUGAUUCGUCAGAUCUGCUAUCAACUAACACUUGAUGACAUUCUUAAUCUACAGAAAAGCCAUCAUUUUCUUGAUGUAAUGAUCGACAAUGUAUUCUUCGACGACAUGAAAGUUAUGGAGGCGAGUUGUGAUGCUGAU